CACAAUGAGUUUCAAACAAUGAGUUUUCAUUGAUUUUUUUCAAAAUAAAAUUGAUUAUUAAAUGAAAUUAUGGAUCGAUCCUCUUUUCUCUCUAAAUUGGAUAUUUUUCCCAAGAUAGAUUCUUGCUUUACAAGAUCGUCACUGGCCGGUGGCACUGUUUCCAUUUUUACCUACAUUUUUAUCGCUAUAGUUUUAUUUUUCGAAUUUUUCAAUUAUUUUGACUCCGAUGUCAUCUAUAAUUAUUCGGUUGAUACAGUAUUUGAUAAGAAAUUGAAUAUAAAUGUAGACAUAACCGUGGCAACACCUUGCUCAAACGUCGGUGCCGAUGUCAUGGAUUCGACAAACAAACAUAGUAUGUACAAUUACGGUCAUCUAAAAGAAAGUGGAACAAAUUUUCAAUUGACCGGUACUGAAUUGAAUCAAUGGAAUGAAAUGAAAAAACUAAGUCAAUUUAUCCGUGACGAACAUCAUAAUAUCCAUAGAAUGAUUUGGAAACCAUAUACACGUUCGUCAUCUUCUGAUGACAAUAAUAAUCAAGAAAAACAUGAUAUCGACAAUCAAUUUCCAUUGUUCACAUUUCAUAAAGGAUCAGAAAAUGGAGAUUCUGAUUCAUGCCGACUUCAUGGUACAUUGAUCGUCAAUAAAGUAUCUGGUAAUUUUCAUAUCGCUGCUGGUAAAUAUUUACCAUUGCCAAUUGGACAUGCUCAUUUAUCUUUAAUCGAUUAUGAAAAAUCCGUGAAUUUUUCACAUCGUAUCGAAAAAUUCUCCUUUGGUAAUAUGGUCAAUACAAUCAAUACGUUAGAUGGCGUUGAAAAAAUCACCCAUUCAAAUUAUCAUUUAUAUCAAUACUAUCUAAAGGUUGUUCUGACUAAUGUUCAAACCUUUUCAUAUGAAGGUGAAACCUAUCAAUAUUCAGUAACUGAACGUGAUCUAAUUGUUAAUCAUGAAGCCGGAUUACAUGGAGUUCCAGGAAUUUAUUUUAAAUAUGAAAUUGAAGGUUUAAAAAUUGAUGUUCUAGAAAACAGUAUACCGAUUUGGAAAUUUUUGGUUCGUCUUUGCGCUAUUGUCGGUGGUAUAAUUGAACUAUCCAUUAUGUUUAAUCAAUUGUUCACAAAUUGGAUUGAUAUAAUUGAUUUGAAAUAUCGUAAACAUCGAGUAAUUCAUUUCCAGUGAAUUACAAUCUAUUCUAUAUAGUAUAUAUAAAUAAAAAUGUUUGACAAAUUUUUGUUA